ACCCAUUGUACCACAAGUGCCGACCAAAAGCGAGUGAUCAUGAAAAGAAAAGCCGAUUCCAAGGUCGACAAUAACAAUCCUAAGCGCAAGCACCGAAUCAACAACUGGAGCAACGUAUCGUCGCAAGUGGGCAGCUUGCAUUGUGCAUACCACAAAUCACUCAACGUUUCUCUGGAAUCUGUCGUAAACAACGUUCAGCAUUAUAACCAGGGCCGCUACCGAUCUGCGAUCGACAGCACAACACUCGAUCUUAAAAAGCUGGCAAACAAGCGUGUAGCCCUCCUAGACAUUCGCGCUGCUGCCUUGGGCAAGGAAGCGCAAUUCGAACUUGGAUUGCGCGUUGCCGAAACGAUAAUACAAUCAGCACCUUCGUUACCUACCGGGUACCUGCGCGCCGGUGAAUUACAUUCCACGUGAGGCCAUCAACAGGCUGCAAUCAAGAUCUACGAGCAAGGAUUUGCAGCUAUCAAGGAUGAUGAGCAGCGAAGUUUACUGCAAGU